UUGGACGCGCGUCAUCCACCGUCAGGUUUUACCACGUGCGCUCAUAAAAAUCUAAUUAAAAUGGCCAGCACUAGUCUCAUGAAUCAGCCGCAUCUUUGACACCAAAGGUGUGGCUGAUUCAUGAGACUACAUUAGGCACCUCGAUGCGAGGGGUCCGCAACGGCCAGGAAUCUCGUACAAAAUUUUUGGAAUCUCAACUGAAAUCUUGAAAUCUCACUUGGAAUCUUGAAAUCUUGUGGAAUCUCUGGAAUCCCUGAAAUCUCUUGGAAUCUCUUGAAAUCUCUGGAAUCUUGUGGAAUGUUAAUGAGAUACCCGUAAAUGUAUAUAACUAAUCCGUAUACUUCGCCGUAGAUUAUUAUUGAGGUUGCAGUAGCCUCGAGACCAGGCUGAUUAUCGAGGCUACGGUUGCAGUUGCGGUUGCAGGCUCAGCUGCUAUUUACAUCUCUCUCUCUAUGAGAAUCCAGCUCUGUGUGCAGAUUAUACUAAAGAGAUUAAGGCUGAACAGCAAAGUGAUGACAAAAAUCAGCUCCAAACUGCCCACUCUUAAUGCCGAGAGUGAGCUUAUGGUUGAAUCUAUGCAUCACAGGACGGACGAAGCGAGGGACAAGGCUCCAAGUCCAAACUGUCCACUCUUAAUGAGAGUGAGCUUAUGGUGGAUGAACGAAGCGAGGGACAAGGCUCCCCUUCUCAUCUUAAUGGUAGUGAGCUUAUUGUGCCGGAUGGACAAAGCAAGGGACAAAGCUCUCCCAAACCAAAUGACUGUGCACUGUUUGCAGCUGCAUAUUGUACCAGCAUUGCACAUGGACUAGAUCCAUGUUCCCUCGUUUACGACCAGCAGCAAGUGAGGGACCACUUGUACAAGUGUUUCACUACAAAAACAAUGGAUCUCUUUACUGUCUUCCGAACAAAAAGACCAGGACCUGCACGCACUUUGAAAAUCCCUGUCUAUUGCUACUGUCGAUGUGCAGAUGAUGGCCAAGGAAUGGUAGGCUGUGACGGAUGUGAAGAUUGGUAGAUGCAUCAACGCCGCCAAAGUAAAAAAGGGAUUAUGAUAUUGCACCAAGUGUCGAUAAAGUACUUUAUAGUCAACAAGUAUAGUCUUUAUAAUUAUUUUAUGUUCAUCAAUUCAUAUACUUUAUAAUAAUAAGUGCUCAUACUAGA